AUGGCACAGAACUCUUCCCCGGGUUUAGUCCCGAUCAUCCACACCGAGAGACCGGGCACCCCCAAAAUGUCCCACGAGGAAUUCGAGGUGUCCUCGCCGACCGAUUUGACCUUCCGACAGUCCGGGGCCGCCGACCGAACCGCGUUCGGCGGCAGUGCCUUCGAGGGAGCCCCCGCGGGGGGCUCACUGUUCAGUCGCAGUCCGUUCCAGCAGGCCCAGGAUGGCGACGAGCUGGAGGGGGAGCUGGCCCCUCUCCCAGCCCGAUCUGCACAACAAGGAUUCCCCAGUAAUUACGCGCUGGGCCGACGCACCUCCGUCUCUGCCGAAUCACUAAACCCCACCGAAGCCGGCUCAGACAGCUGGUCCCCCCCGCACCACCCCAAGACCGAAGAGCAGGUUUCUCGGCUCAAAAGCGCCGUCAGUAGCAACUUCCUCUUCUCCCACCUCGAUGACGAUCAAUUCACCACCGUCCUCCACGCCCUCGUGGAGAAGCCCAUCCCCGCCAAGGACAUCAAGGUCAUCUCCCAAGGCGACGCCGGGGACUACUUCUACAUCGUGGAACAGGGCUCCUUCGACAUCUACAUCCACUCCUCAGGGUCCGUGCAGCCCGGUCCCGAGGGUCUGGGCACCAAGGUCGCCUCGACCGGUCCCGGUGGCUCCUUUGGUGAGCUGGCACUGAUGUAUAAUGCCCCGCGCGCGGCCACAGUGAUUUCCACAGAGCCCAAGAGCACCCUGUGGGCUCUGGAUCGCAUCACCUUCCGCCGCAUUCUCAUGGACUCGGCAUUCCAGCGACGUCGCAUGUACGAGGCCUUCCUCGAGGAAGUCCCGUUGCUUUCCUCUCUGAAACCCUAUGAGCGCUCCAAGAUCGCCGAUGCCCUCGACACAAUCAAAUACCCGGCCAAUUCCACCAUCAUCCACGAAGGCGACCCCGGUGAUGCUUUCUACCUGCUCGAGUCGGGUGAAGCCGAAGCGACAAAGAACGGUGUCGCCGGACCCGUCAAGAGCUACCACCGUGGUGAUUACUUUGGAGAGCUUGCACUGCUUGACGACAAGCCUCGCCAGGCGAGCAUCACGACCAAGACAGAUGUGAAGGUGGCGCGGUUGGGUCGGGAUGGAUUCAAGCGACUUCUUGGGCCUGUGGAGGAGAUGAUGAGACGCGCCGAAUAUGAGUUGGAUGCGAGCAAGUCUCCAGUCUCCAAAUGA